AUGGAAUCACAUGAGAAGGUGGUCGGGGUCUUGGGGGGAACCCGAGACCUUGACUAUGGACAGAUAGAAAUGCAACACACUAGGGUAAAUGGUUCAAGACCAACAAAGCCACAGCUGAAAGAUCUUGACGACUUGUUUCCGUACAUCGGAGAAUUUGGCUGGUACCAACGGAUUCUGUUCCUCCUCAUGAUACCAUACUCUUUCUUCUUCGCUUUCGUCUACUUCUCUCAAAUAUUCAUGACCAUUGUGCCAGAGGAACACUGGUGCUUUGUCCCUGAAUUGGCCAACUUAACUGUGGAAGAGAGGCGCUAUCUCUCGAUCCCAAUGACAGAUAACAGUAAAUAUGAGAAAUGCCUUGUAUAUGACGUGGAUUGGUCGACGAUAUUAGACAAGGGAGUUCUAACACCGGAUUCUAAUUGGCCAGUAAAGAAAUGUGAUAAACAAUGGGAAUAUAAUUACACCGAUGUCCCCUACGAAACGAUUGCAAGUCAGCUCGACUGGGUGUGUGACAGAGACAACUAUCCCGCAACUGCUCAAUCGGUUUUCUUUUGUGGGUCCAUUGUUGGAGGGCUAAUAUUUGGAUGGGUAGCUGAUAAAUUUGGUCGAGUUCCAGCUAUACUGGGUACGAAUAUGGCUGGUUUCUUGGCGGGGGUUGGAACUGCGUUUGCAAACAGCUUCUGGUCUUUCUGCCUCUGCAGAUUUCUUGUGGGCUUGGCUUAUGACAAUUGUUUUAUGGUCAUGUACAUAGUUGUUGUAGAAUACGUUGGUCCGAAAUGGCGUACAUUCGUCGCAAAUAUGUCUAUUGCAGUAUACUUUACAUUCGCUGCAUGUCUUCUGCCGUGGAUAGCAUUGGCAGUAGCUGAUUGGAAGGUCUACACUUUGAUAACCAGUGUGCCAUUGGUGCUGGCUAUUUUCACGCCGUGCUUGGUUCCUGAAAGCGCUAGAUGGUUAAUAUCACAGGGACGUAUCGACGAAGCUCUUAAAAUAUUGAAGAAGUUCGAAAGAAUAAACAAGAAGAAGAUACCUGAUGAAAUAUUUAAAGAAUUUAAGGACACAGCUACAGAAAUAGCAAAAGCUGAAGAGGAGAUCAGGAAUUACUCCUUUCUGGAUCUGUUCAAGACCCCUCGCCUGCGUCGUCAUAGUCUUCUGUUGCUGGUCAUCUGGAUGUCAAUAGCUAUGGUAUUUGAUGGUCACGUCAGAAACGUGGGUUCUUUGGGAUUGGAUAUCUUCCUGACAUUCACUGUCGCUACUGCGACAGAGUUUCCCGCUGAUGUGAUGCUUACUUUGACUCUUGAUAUUGUCGGUCGUAGAUGGCUUGCUUUCGGAUCGAUGGUGCUAAGCGGUAUAUUCAGUUUUCUUGCGACAACCGUCCCUCAUGGUGUACCGUCAGCAACAUUGGCUAUAAUCGGUCGCUUUGCUGUCAACAUAUCUUUCAACAUCGGCAUGCAGUAUGCAGCGGAAUUAUUACCAACUGUGGUUCGAGCCCAAGGAUUAGCUCUAAUACACAUCACUGGUUAUUUAGCCACAAUACUUGUGCCAUACAUCGUGUAUUUGGCAACAAUAUCUCCCAUCAUUCCUCUGCUGAUUCUUGGAACUAUUGGCGUCUUCGGCGGCUGUCUGUGCCUCUGCCUCCCAGAAUCCAUGGGAAAGGAUAUGCCGCAAACAUUACAGGAUGGAGAAAAUUAUGGAAAGGAACAGAAAUUCUGGGACUUUCCAUGCUUUAAGAGACGAAAGAGUUUGAGAAAUCCCAACGAAUUCAUAUUUAGAGCGAAUUCUAUGGACGUAGAUAAAAUAUUGCAGAACAACUUCGAUUUUAUAGGCACUAAUGUUGAGAGUUCUCCUAUCUUUAACAGCUAUUUAGAUAGAAACAAAAGAGCGAUACAUGACAAGCAAAAUCGAUCAAGGCGAUGCGAAAAUAACGAUUGCAAAACACUCAAUACUAACAAUUUAUCCAUAAUUAAAUCAAAAUUCAUUUCUACCCUCAAGCCAGCUUCAGUUUUCAAUGACUACCCUUACGAAGUAGCUGUUCUUCUGGAUAACAAGGACUUACAAGAUAAUAAUGUAAUUAAAGAAAAAAAUAUACGUAAUAAAGACAAAAAUGGAACUUCAAGAUUACAAGAUGAUAAAAUAAGAGCAAAAUCCAAUGAAGUAUCAAAAGAUUUAACAACGAUUAUAGAUUUGAAUGGUACACAUAAAAAUAUAGUUGUACCAAAAAGAAGUAUGGACAGACGCAACUAUGAAACUGAAUUGGUAAAGAAAAUAGAGUUUACUGAAGACUUGAAUGAUGCUAAUAAUAAAACACAUAGGAAUGUAUUUGACACAGAAGAUAUGGAAUGGCGAGACCAAGGCACGGUACCUGAUAUAAACACAUAUAAAGUAUUACCUAAAUCUAAAGACGUAAAUAAUAAGGUUAUAUCUGAAAAAGGACUACUGAAGGUAUUGACAAUGUUGACGAGAACCUUUAAGAAGAUUAUGAAACAACAUCACGAUAUAAAAAGAAUUCACGGCACAAUUAAUAAUUUAAACAACGAUUUUAUCCAGAAUAUCAAAGAUUUGACAAAUAAAUAUGAAGAUAUUAAUAUGAAAUAUACACAAAUAAUGAAAAUAAACGAUGAACUUAGAUUUUCUGAAGCUAAAAUAAAAGAGAAAGAAGUGAAUUAUGAUAAGAGAGAAAGAGAUUUAUCCAAAAACUUACGCGACUUCCAAAACCAACAGAAGAAGUUCUUGGAUCAGCAAAGAAAAUUUUAUAACAUGCAGAAAAUUAUGCUGGCGCAGAACGAGAAAAUUAAUCUGAAACAGAAUGUUAUCGCGCAAACGCAAAGCGAAAUUUCACGUAGGCAGCAUCAUUUCGCACGAAUUUUCAAGAAAGCGAAAGAAAUUUACACAGAAUCCAGGAAAUUGGUUCCAAACAAAUUGAACUCGGCGAUCGCAAAAACUAAAACCAAGCCGGUUAUUGAAACUGAGGAGCCUUUAACAGUUUUGACAACAUCAGCACCUUUCCCAACAACUGAACCGAUUAAAAUAAACCUGUUUUCAAUACCAUCGAUAAAUAAACUAAAAAAUCAAGAUCAAAAAAUCUUAGAAGAGAAAGACGAACAGACGGUCGACGAUUUAAUAUAUAAAUAUUACUUCAACAACACGUUCAUAGAUGAACUUAUGAAAAAUAAAAUUCUUGCUACCUUCGGUGUCAUAAAUGAGAACAGUGAUAAUAAUAACAACAAGAAAAAAAGAAACGAAAACAAAUCUAAAACAACUGUCCUCUUCCCUGUGAAUAAAAAACAAGAAAAUAAAAAUAUAUCAAGAAGAAAAAGAUGGAUAAAACAUGCCAAUAAAAAUAAAAAGAAACUAGUUGCAUUACAGCCGCCGAUCAGAACGAACAAAGCUGUUUUACCCGACCGUGGAAACCAAACGAAUGUUAUAGACUUAAAUAAUAUAAAUAAUGAUCCAUUUAUGACUAUGGCCUACAAUUUCUGCAAAGAAAUAGGACAGAACGUCAACCUGCAAAUACUUAAAUGGUGUAUAGAAAAAGCAUUGAGGAGACUAAAAGCUAUUGAUUUAGUAGCGCCAUUUACAAUGACAACUAUGGCUAAGAAGAAAAUCGAGGAGAAAAGUACAACCAAACUUACAGAUGUCAGGACAACUUUGACCACACCGAUAAUGCCGCUCACUAGCACGCUGAGAUCCGAUAGCAAAAUUAUUUCAAAACCAAAUGAGACAUCUGGCCCAACUAUGUUUUUUCCUGAUAACGACGAAUUAGAGAAUAAGAUAAAGGAAUAUGAAUUAAUUCCCGAUCCUGAGGGAACAGUUUAUUUUGACGGUAGCUUACACGCCAGUGACCUUGGACUAGUACAGAAAAAUGGUGAUUUAGACAGUGAAGGUUUUUCAGACAUUAUGCCUGGUUUGGAAAGCAACUCCAAGGUCGAAGUAGAUCCUUUAGCGUUUGACCUUCAAGCCCAGAGGAGAGCCAAUGUUCGCAGAUCAUUGGAUUCUUUUCCUCCUGUACCUGACGUUUCUAAUGCUAUAUCCAAAGUGGAAAAUGAUAUUCCGUCCGAAGACGCCCAGUCAAAUGUUUUCUAUGAUGAAAAUAGUAACUACGAUGGAGAUUUCAGUCCAGCACAAAGAACAAAAAGAUCCACAGAAACAGAAAACAUAUUACUUGAAGUCAGAAAUCCGUUAAUGAAAAAACUGUUAACAAGUAAACUGGCGAAACUUUUAGAGGAAAUGGAUAAAGAAGAUCCAAAGCAAAAGGAAGAAUCACAUCAGGAUGUCACCACAGAGACAGUGGAAGUGACGGUAACAGAAGGAAAGCCAUUACAGAAGACCGUCAUACGAGAAGACCUGGUGCAUCUUGCCAUGCAUAACAUACUUCUGCAAGGUCUUGUAGGUCAUAUGGAUUUGAACGACGUCUUCAGAAAGGUCCAUUUACUAUUCAGAAAUCUCAACGAAAACACAUCAAUCGACGAAGGUAAAGUUUUUGAAUCGCUAGCUGGAUGGAAAGAAACUACAGAAGCGGCUAUCACCUCAGAAACAAGUCGCACUUAUGAAGAACACAAAUUAAUUGACGAAAUAUUAAAUUGCAAAAAUUUAAAAGACGUUGUCUCAGAACAUCAUGAAUGCAAUCAUGCAAACAAAACUGAAACCUCACAUCGGAGAACGGAUAAAGAAGAAAAUGUUGUUAUAAAAACUAUUAUUGAAAUAAAUGAUUCCAAUGCUAAAAAGUCAUCACGUCCAAAAAACAUUCAAGGAUUAAUUAAACUAAUAUACAAUGGUAAGCCGAUAAAAAUUAAUCAGUUAAAGGAAAAAUUACCGGAAACGAAAGAAUCAAAAUAUAAUCGUGACAUUGAAGAAACUACUGUUAACAGUGUAACCAGUAGUCUUGAAGUGACUACUCAGGAAUCGACUACUAUUCAAAAUAUUUACAAACAAAACCAGAACCCGCUUAAUAUAGUGAUAGAAGAAUAUUUAAAAAAACAUCCGUUCCCUAACUUCUUUGAAGACGGCAGUGAGAUUAAGGCUUUCGAAUCGAAGAGACUGAAGCGACAAAUAAAAAUAAGAUAUUUCAAUGACGACAAGACAGUGAAACCUAAACAGUUGCACAAUAAAACAAAAGCUAAAGAUGAUGAUCUUUAUAUAGAAAUAGAGACACACUUCGAUGGGAAAGGCGUAAAAGGUGAAAAAAAGAAAAAGUUAGUUAAAAAUCUUAUUGAAAAAAUUCAGAAGGCACUCAAUUCUGACAUACAAAAACCACAUGACAAAGAACGCAUAAAGUUUAUCAAAAGAAUUCAAGAUCCAAUUGAUUUUAAAGAACAUUCAAUUGUUUUAAAUAAAGUAGUCACUACUUAUGAACCGAUUCCAGAAAGGAUGCUGGAUCCCAUCGGAAAGACUUUAACGACCCAUGAGAACGUCAUAAAUAGAUUUGGGAAAUCGUGGAAGAAAAAAGUUAAUGGACCUAGUUUUUUGACGGUUUCCAAAUCUGUUAACUCGGCUGAAAUGAGAGAGUUAAAUAUAAAUUACGAUGCUGUUUCCAGAAACGGUAUUCCUAAGAGAUUACAACAGCCCCUUAACGCAGAGGUAAAAGAUGAUGACGAAUUUACAAUGAAAUCUGAUUCAAAUACGGGAAAUAUGAGCUUAUUUUUCAAAGAUAUAGAUGGUACCGGUUUCUCUAUAGGAAUCAAUCAGUAUGUAGGAGAACCGCCUGAUAAAGAUAGUAUGCGGAUAUUUAACGGAAUUGAAAGCCUUAUACGAGAAUAUCAUAAGAGUUAUGACCAUGAAGAUGUAAGCAAUGAGUCUAAUAUUGAUAAAGAAGAUAAUUACGUUCAGAGAAUACAUAAAAUAUCAAAAAGAGAUGCUGAUUAUGUGGAAGACGAUUUAAAUGAAUACGCCAAAGGUUUGGAUACGGAUUACCAUUCAAAUACAUAUAAAAUGUUCAUGGAGGGAAACGUUAUAAGUGAUGUCAAAAAUGAUAAUUACAAAAAUGUACCCAUAGUCAUCAAUGGGAAAUUACUGAAUAAAGAACUUAAACCUUCCGAAAUAUUAAGUCUAGCUAAUUUGGCGAAAAGAAAAAAGCGUGCUUUAAACGUAAAGAAAAUAUCAAAUCUAAAAUCUAAAAUCAAACUUAACAGAUACAUUAACACAAAGGCUAUGGCAAACAAGAAAAUAUUUCUAAAGAACAAAAGAAAUAAACGUGAAAUCCAAAAAAUACGGAUUAUAGCAAGAGAUCAUUCUGAUAUACCAAAACAAUCAGAUGAGAAAAUAUUUUUAAUAUCCAGAGAAAAUACUUACUCUGAUAAAAUCAUAAGAGGUAUUGAAGACCCAGAAACCGUUAUUGACAAAAAAACACAUGACUUAAACGAUGAUACAUUUCCAUUCGGAGACUUCUUCAGAAUGCAAAAUCCAGAAGCACAGCCUAUAUUUUCUGAUAACGAGUAUGAAACAAAAGUGCGUCCAAAUAUCGUUAUGUCCAAAUACCCUCACAUUUUUAUGGAUGACUUGACGAACUCCAAAAGUGAGGAUUCCAAAGACACUUAUGUGAAUGAGAGGACAACGAAAAGUAAACAGUAUAGAAUAAAAUAUGGACCAAAACAGUUAAGAGCAAAUAACAGAGUUGAAGCGACUACUAUGGCUUCUGGAAUUUUCGCACCAGACCAGAAAGUCAAUGAUUUCGUGAACGCUCUACUGCCUCCGAUAUCAAGAGCUAAAUACAAAGUAUCAGUCAAAGUUACACCUAAAAACAUCUCAACGAAUUCAGGAUUUAAAGAGGUCCACACCAGUGUGAAUAAAAGCUUCGAUCAAGAUGGCAUAAGGUAUUACUCCCUCUUAAAUGUUUCUGAAAUAUCCAAAGUUGAAAAACUUAAUAGGAGUGAGAGGAAAUUCGAUCUUAGAAAUGAUUAUGGCAUCAAUACCGCACAACAACAGCAAAUGAAAACUUUGUUGAGAUUACACAAGAAGAGAGUAGACCAGCAGUUGAAUAAUUUGUUAAGAGAAAGUAAACAUCUUGAGACGAUGAUGAAAGAAAAUAGUGAGAUAAAUAUAAACGGAACUAUAAGCAUUCUAAAGGCUGAUGAUGAUGACAAUGGAUUGAAAGAGGAGAAGAUCAAUAAAAUAUUAGAUUCAGUUAAAAAAUUAGAAGAAACUUACAAAACUACGACAUUACUCCCAACUACUGAAGACACAACAGUCAUACCAGUCGAAAACGACAAAGUUAAACUUAUUGAUACAAUAAAAUUAAACGAGCAAGUAACUUAUGAGAUAUUGAAAAAAAUAGACACAAACACUAACAUACUUAAAACAUUCUUACAAAAAAUUGGUGAUAAAAUUGACAAUGAGAAACAAAGCAAAGAGAAAAAUUACGGUGAUAUAAAGUUAGAUAUGGCAAAAGAUUGGAAAUUAUACAACGUUAAAGACCCAUUCUUCUCAGGUGAUGAAUUAAAAAAUGAUACAGUACCAUUUAUUUACGCGUAUCAACAACAAAUGCCAAUCGCGGGUAAAAACCAACCUCUAGCCAGCCUGAUGUACCACGGCCACAUACACACAAACUCGGUUCAAGAUAUAAACCAUAAUAAAUUUAUGAAAGCAAAUAAAAAAGACAUAAAAAAUGGGUCGCAAAUUUUGGAAAUCGCGGACACGCCGAGUGUUAUAGAGAUUAUAGAGCCAAAAACAGAACCAGCGGUGCAGCGAGAACUGUUCAUAUUGGAAAUAAUUGAAAAACCUUGCAAAAAUGCAGCAGAAAAGGCCAAGGCGUGCAAAGAAGAAGGUCCUGAUUUAGAUCAAUCAAUAAGACCUUUCACCAAUAGUCACGGAUAUCAAUUCGUUGUCUUCGGGCCAAAAAAUGAGGACGAUUCCGAUGAUGAGAAUAGCAAAGAAGAGAAAGAUAGAAAGAGUCCCAGCAAUGAAAGUAAGAAAGAUAGCGAUGACGACAAAUAUGAAAGUAAGAAAGAAGAGGAAAAAGGUAAAACAGAUAGCAUUGGAGUCCAAAAAGACAGCAAGGAAACUCCAAAAGAGGAUUCUGAUAACAAGAAUAGUGAAAUUAUAGAUGAUAAAGGUAAGAAAGAAUUACACGAAGACAAGAAAGAUGAUCCAGAAAUCGAGAUUCACGAUAUUGAAGGCAAGAAAGAAAACAAUGAAAAUAUGAAACAUAGUAAUGAAGACAAUAGCGAGUUGACAAAAAUACGUCGUAAAAGAGAAAUUGGGAAGCCACCUCCGCCGCCCGUCCUGCCUCCAAUGGACGUGAACAUGUUUCCCAGCUUCAUCAGAAAUAUGAUAUCAAACAUACCGGGCUUGAGGAAUAUGCUGGCUGAUACUGCCCCAGAAAGACCAGUUCAGGACGGAAGUAGUCCAAGGACUUAUGGUUUUCACCUUAACCAAGAUAAAGCCUCAGUUUUCAACCAUUUAUAUGACAUGCCAAAAUAUAUUCGGGAUAAGCUUAAUAAGAAUGAUGAAAGAAUAGAAAAAUCUACGCCAGCCUACGUACCAGAUGAUUCUGAUAGCGAUACUGACGGUAAUGAUUCUGAUGAUGAUGAUAAUCCUGGAAAUGAUGAUGAAGGUGAUAAAGCUGAUGAUUCUGACUACGUUGAUAAAGUUAAUGAUGCUACAACACCGUCAAAUGUUCUCAAUAACAAAAAACCAGUAACAAAGGAGCCUAAUUCUGUGACGGAAAAUAAUAAGGACUGGAAUCAGAACAAACCGACUACUGAGAAAAAUUCGUAUUUAAAACCGAAAUCAGAAAAAAUUAAUGAGAAAACAGAAAAUAUUAAUAACCCGAUUUCUAAAUCAAGAAAUAACGUCAAAGAUAAUAUAAAAGAUAAAAUAGAAACGUCAAUAAACAAGGCGAGUGAAGUGAUACCACCGAAGGUAAAAAAUAUUGAACGAAAUCCCUCUCAACUUUCUUUUGAUGGGACGCCAAAGACUUUUGGGCUGAAAUUAAUUGGAGACCACGGCUAUGUGUGGAAUGACUUAUCGGAUCCCGGUAGCCAUUACGAAGUUGGAGAACCAACUGAAGAUAAAGAAAACAAACAUAAACCUGAAAUCGUCAAACCAAAGCCGGAACCAAAACAACCUGAUCAACCGAAAGAACCUAUUGUAAAAGAAAACAAACCAAAGGAAAAAGACGUAAAAAUUAACGAAGUAACCACAGAAAAGAGUGCUGUAACUGAAAACCCUAAUAAGGAACAGAAAAAAGACGACAAUAAUAAUAAUGAAGCCGUAAAAGACGCUCUCGAUAAUCUCUUGAAAAAGAACAUCGAACGUCUCGUCCAAAAAGAAGUUGCAAAACAAAUUCGCAAAAUAACUGACGCUAAAAUUAAGAAAGAGAAAGCGGCUAAUGUCACAGCGAAUAAAGAUGUUGGUGGAAAAAACCAAACAGCUAAUAACAGUACUAUGACUGAACCGAAAAAUGGAACCGAUAAAGGUACUCCAAUCAAAGCAAAUAGUACAGUAACACCGGAAAAUAAGAAUGACACAAACGUCCCAAAAACUUCACCCAAACUUAAUUCCCACACGAUAUACGGAAACGCCAUAGAUAGCGAUCAUGUGACGAACAUAUUUAUAUUCUAUCCAAACACAGCAAAUGAAACACAUAAAGCAUUAGAGAAUAUAUUGAACAAAACUAACCAUGCUGUUGCGGAAAAUCCAAAAAAUAGUACUAAUGAAAAUAAUGCAACAACACCAAGUUCUGAAGGAACAACACCAAAUCCUACUGAAGGAACAACUGCUGAUUAUCUUAUAGAUAAGAAGAAAGACUCUAUUCCUGAAUCUACUACUGCUACUACUACUACUACGAGUACUACAACUGAAAGUUCUCCUACUAACAAUAAUGCUACUCAAAAUCCAAACAGCAAUGUAGCCAAUAGUGCUGUAGCCAAUAGUACUGUAGCUAACAGCAUUGUAUCCAACAGUACUGUAGAAAAUAGCACCGUAGCCAACAGUAAUAUUGUCAACAGUACUGUUGUCAAUAGCAGAGUGGUCAACAGUACUCUAGCCAAUAUUAAGGUAGCCAACAAUACAGAUGCAGGCACUGAGACUACUACAUCGAAAACGGAAGUAAGUAGUAGCACAGCUACUCCUACUUCUGUAACUCCAGAUGUAUCCAGCACUACCCAGGUUUCCAGCACUACCCCGGUUUCCAGCACUACAGAAGUUUCCAACACUAAUGGAACAACAACAACAAGCGAUGAUGCAGCCAAAGCAACAGUUUCCGAUGUUACAACAACACCUGUUACUCCUCAGGCUACGUGA